UGCUUUCAUUCAGAUAUAUUUUGGCAUUCGAGGUGCAAGUUGCUAACCAGUCGGAGAUCGGAGAUCGCAGCCGAUGGCAGACGCGCGUGUGGCAGAGGACGUGGCGGUGGCCAAUCCGACGACCCAUACACUUACCCGACCCAUCCAAAUUCCGGUUCCUAUUGCCAUGCCGGCAUACGCUUCAGCAUCAGCCCCAGCGAAUGCUCCAGUCAUCGAUGGGCGCCAGUCAGGUGGUCACGCCAAGACUGCAAUGUUGCCGCACCGUAGCCAUGGGAUGCCCAGCUCCAAGUUGUCUGCGGCGAAGGCGUCCCACUCUCCAACCCGGCGGCCGCCGCCGCUUCCGAGCCGAAUAGGCAUGCUCCAGACUGAGAUGUGUGAGGUGCGGGACGCUCUGCGGGCCCAGCCGCACGCCUGCGAUAUCCGGUUACUUAUUUUCGCGACCGCUGCCAGCGAGGAGGGCUACGAGCGCACUCUGGUCCCAGUUCCUCCCCAGUUCAAGGCAGCUGUCGGCUCCGGUUGCGAUGUGGACCGAUUGCGCAGCGCCGUAUCGGACAACUGGCCCAGCUGUCGGUUGAUGCUAGAGAUCCUUAGCGCGGACGAGCAUUACGCCGCGCUGGAGACAGAUGACGUGGAUGCCUUCCACCUACUGCACUGGCUUCUGGUGGCCAGUCCCUCGUGCCCCACGUUGCGCCGUGUCUCGGGAUUGCACUUGCGCUGUUUGUGCCGCGUCCUUGGCCUAGCCCGGCCCACCCAACCGCCCGGACAGGUGAUGAGCAUCUGCUACGAGCGCGGUGGAACUCCGAUACAGCGCGGUGAUCUUCAGCGCGCCUCACCCGGGCCUAAGGCCAGUUUCGCUUACCUGGGGCUGCCAUUCAACCAGGUCUACCGCUUCCUCGCCACCGGCCGCUACGACAGCAUGGCCGGCGAGCCCGUCCGCCUCUACGCCCAGCCGGAGUCUGCCCUGAUCCACUGCUAUGAUCCGUCUCCCCAGCAGUUUCGAAGUCCUACUCCGGCUCCUGCUCCGUCUCCCGCUUCGGAAGCCAAUAAGGACGAUCAGCCGGGUGAGAACACUAACAAGAAGAACAGCAAAGACAAGGAUAAGGACAAGCACAAGACUAAGGAUAAGAACAAAUACCAGAACAGGAAGGGAAAGGCAUCAUCCCAGACUGGCGACGAGGAAUCCUUCCUCUGCUGGCCGCACUCGAUCCUGAGCGAAGCACAGCAGGCUCUGGUCGUCUGCCAGCUGCCCACUGAGCUGGAUGAGUCCAUUGCCCACUCCCCGGAGAAGCAUUUCCUAGAGUUCUUCGUCCAGGACUCGGCCACCCUGAGACCCUGCUACCUGCUGCUCUUCGACGAACCGGUAGCCGCUGAGAUGAUGCUCUCAUGGCCGGGACGUCGCGUAGAGGCGGAGAAGGUGGGUCCUUCUCUGGCGGAGCGGUCCCGCGACCGGAUUAUGGGCUGGGCACGAUUCCUGGGAGCGCGAUUAGGUGCCAUCAAGCGGGUUAUGGCCGCCUUUUAGCUAACUCGAUUCCCCGAAUCCGGAUCGAGUUUACACAUAAUACACAUACAAAAUUCUCUACCUCACCGGGGUCCUGCAAUCCCAGGAGGUGUAUUAUAGAUCAUUACGAAUCUGUGAAGGAUAACGACUUAGAGCGAGGCGGCCUGUUUGGGAUGUUGCGUUGUGAGCCCCUCGAUUCCAUCCUACUCCAGAUGAUAUACCACGGAUCAUACAAUAUGGACAGGGUUCAUAACUAUACUAUAUGCAUAUAUAUGUACGGAAAAGUGUUCCGAAAAGUGUGUUCCAAGUUUUAACUUUUAUCGUUUGCCAAAUAUUGUACAGAUACAUGCACUUGGUCGAAUUAAAUGAACUAAUAUUGUGCAAGGUUGAAAAAGA